AUGAGUAUCAAAAGGAUUGGAUUUAAAACUUUAGGACCAUUUUAUGCAAUGGCUCAAAUAUUCGGGCUGUUGUUAGUGAGAGAAGUAGCAGCCGUCCACAAUAAUAAUAAUGUGUUUUGUUCCGAAAACGGUAAGUUUUUAAUUAAGAUUUUAUUUGUUUUUUUUUUUUUUCAAAUUUACUAUAUUCCAUUUAAUUUUAUCGUAAAUAAUAUCAUUUAAAUUUUCCGGAUUUUCUUAGGUAUAUGCGAAAUGUUUAAGAUUCUGUACUUUUUAGAUUUGGAAAAGGAGCGAUUGCUCUAUUGGUUAUAUAAUAUGAUGUGUAUUUUUUUUUGUCCGUAAACAACUUUUCAAAUAGAAAAAUAUUGCUCCAAUCGAAAAAUGACAAGAUGACUUUUUUAUAGUAUUUUUAAUUUUUUGUUUUACUUUUUCUAGAUACGGUAGAAUUUUUAAAACAUUUGAGCUUUAAAAAUAUUUGAGCAAUUUAUAGACAUUAUACUAUUAUUUUAUGUUUGCGAGUUUUUUUACGUAGUUUUUAGUUGGGAAGUACUAUGUAGAUAUCAGUGUUUAAUCUAACAGAAAUACUUGACAAUUUAACAGGCAGUUCAUUACAGAUGUACUUAGUGGUCUAAAAAAAAUAAUUGAGUGUUUUAUACACAUAGUAGUUUUUUUUUUUUAUAAUGGUUUUAUAAUCAAAUUUAGAUUAAAAUCUUAAAUAUUAUAGUCUUUCAAAUAUUUUAUAAACGAACUUUGCUCAGAAUCGUUUUUAAAUGGCAAUGGUUCAUCGUUAUUAACAGAUACCUUCCCAACUUCUUUCCUACAAAGUUGACGCACCUAUCAGCAGUCUCAACUCGUUUUUGUUAUUAUUAUUUUAUGUGUGUAUGCGUCUGUAAAACAAAUUUAUCAGUAAUCUAGUCAUCAGCUAUAAUUUUUUUAUAUAUUUAUUUUUAGGUUAAAAACGGUUUUGAAUUUAAGUUUAUCAAAGUACGUUUAAGCGAAAUUCGUUCAUUUUUGUAUCCGCCCAUCUUUUAUAAAUACGUAUCCAUGUUUUUGAGUGGCAGGUGACAGCUGCAGACGCGUUUCGGGCGUUUUUUCGUCCGACAGGCGGUACUUGGCAUACAACAUGUUGGUGUUGGUGCUGUUGUACUGCGCGCUGCAGAGGUGCGUAACGCUGGUUGGUGGUUGGCCGUGCGGUGACGGUAAUAGCUCGGUCGAGUGUUCGUCAGCUAUCGAGUGGAUCUUGACCGCGGCAGGCGUGAUACAGGCCAUGGUGUCCGUCACGGUGGCCACCGUACAUCGACAGUCAAGCACCGCGAGCUUAUUAAACCAAGUGCACUACGUGCUAGGCCGUGGCCGCGGGUGCGGAAACGAGGCAGUCACCAGUAAAACAUGGUCACACUUGAGCAUGAGCGGCGUGUACGCAGCUACGGUAGCCACAAUCGUUGUGGCCAGAUCUGUGGCCAUCGUGGCAGCUCGGCCCGGACAUUUCUCGGUCACUGACGUAUUGCUGUCGUCCGUGAUGCCGGCGACCGUCGUACCAGUGACCAUCGAGUGUUCGAUCGUUUGUAUAUGCUCGGUCGCCGAAAACACAUAUUAUGACGUCAUCGAUCGGUUGCGCCGAUUGGCGUCCAACAGUGACGGUGGCGUUGAUGGUGGUCGGACGUCCAAACGGUGCCUGUUAAUGCACUGGCGGCUGGAGGUCGUGUGGCGUGACUACUGGCGUGGUUGCCGGUUGGUCGACCGUCUGUCCGAGUGCUACGGGCUGGACUUGGCUAUCAACUUGACCGCCAACAUAUUGUUCUUCAUCGUGUACGCGUAUGUGACUAUCAUGUCAAUGUACGCCGCAUUCACGGAUGGCCCUGGAAAUGCUGUCGAAGACACCGUCGCCACGUUCUGCUGGAAUGUGGCGCUAGCGUGUCAGUUAGCGUGCGUUUCGUUCCGGAUCGUGUUCAUAUCGUACCGCGCUGAGAAAAUCAAACAAGUGGUAAGCGUUUUACGAUUGAUGUGGACACGUUGUAUAUUAUUUUCUUAAUAAUAUUAUAUCUAACUCGAAUUUCAUGGGGAAUACAAAUUAUUUCAAUUCAUGCAUUUGUCAAGUUAUAAUAUACGUUAUUCGUACAGACUCUACCACUAUAGCUGAUAACAAUAUUAUAUUAAACCAUAUCGUGGGUACGCGUGAAAAAAAUGUUUGGUCAACGUUCCAGAACUGUUCAAUGUAAUCAUAAUUUAAAUACAGCACCGAGAAAAAUAUAUUAAACAUAAUUUUAGAUUCGUGCGCAGCAAGGGGUUUAUUUAUUUCACUAUGAUAAUAUUGUGUACUUUAAUGACUUAAUGUUCAAAUGUUCAAAUUGAAUGACUUAAUGUUUUUCUGUUAAUUUAAAAAAUAAAAAUUUAGUAAACCCAACAUUAUACCCAUUGACUUCACAGUUUUUUAGCAAUUUAACUUAAUUAACAUUAGACUCAGGAAACAUGUUAAAAUAUGGGUUAGUCAAUUAGUUAAUUUAAUUUUUUUAGACGGUACAUUUGAAAGGUGCAUUAUAGUUUAAGUUUAUAUUAAUGUAUGCGAUAUAAAUAAAAACGCAUGAAAAAUUUAAAAAAAAUCUUGAUGACUUAUUCUAAAACGCAUUCAAUAUUGGACAAAUUGGCUAGAUUUCUACACGAAAAAUAAUGAUUGUUUUUGUUUUUUUUUAUAUAAAUAACUCACUUUUUACAAUUGCGUGGCUGUAAACACAUUUUUCACGUACAUCCGCUGUAUAAUUUCUUACAAUUUAAUCAAAUUAGGCUUUUAACAAUUUUUUUUUAACAGGCUGAAAAUUCAGUAUUGAUAUUACUAAGAAACCUAUUAAAACACAAUAAUUUGGAUAUUUCAACUAUCGUGUUGGUAAGUACGUAUAAUACAAAAUAAAAAUAUGAUAUGUAUGAUAUUGAUAUUAAAUAGGUACUAUAUUAGGAUAUUAAAUAUUAGUGUAGGGAUAAUAUUAUUUUUUAGUGUUAUCUAAUAUUACCUUGAAGUUGGAAAGGUAGGAUACAGAAUAGAAUUUAAUGUAUAUCUGUAAGAAACGAUAAAUCAUUGCUAACGAAAAAACGAUUUUGAGCGGAGUUUAGUUGAUAGUGAUGCUUUGUGAACAAUAUAUGUCAUUUUACAGUAAAACAAUUAAAUAGGCUUUAUAUAUUUUCUUUAAUAAUAUUUGUUUAUUUGUUUAAUGUUGUACCAAUUUUCCCAGUUUUCCUUUGUUUUUCCCGGUUUUUCACAUUUGCUGGGAAAAUAAACCUCCUAGAUGACCUCCCUAAGGUACGUCCUCACGCCAAUUUCCUUUCUGCUACACGUGGAAUUCCGAAUAGGUCAUUAGUGAUUCAUAAUUUUCAGUGGUGUUCUAUGAAUAAUAGGUAGGUUAUAUAUAUAUAACUUAUAUAUAGGUAAAUAAUGAUAAAAAUACAAAUGCCUAGGAAAGUAUAUUUUAACCUUAUUUAUUAUUUAUUAUGUUAUACAUUUUAAAAUGUAGAUAAUUAUUUCAUGCUUUCUUCUAAACAAUCUAGUUUAUAAUACUACAAUAAAUAACCUAAAAAUAUAAAAUAAAUAAGUUACAAGUACCUUACUUAUACAUCUUCAAACAUCCACUAAAAAAAUUAUUAUCAUACAGAUAUGUAGCCAUUAUUUUCAUUAUAACAAAGAGUUAUCAAUAUACAAUUUAAUACAAGUUGCAAUUUGAAAAAUAAUUAUAGGUGUCGUUUCACCCACUAAAAUAAGGUUGACGAAAAUUUACUAUUAUCAAAUUAUUGAUUUUAUAAUAUGCAUAUUAUUAAUUAUAAAUUCUUAAAUGUAACAUUUUAUUGUUGCUCGUUUCUUAAAUUUAAAAAAAAACAUAUUUCUGAAAAAGUUAAUAGUUUCAAAGAUAACGAUUCUUUCUCUAUCAUGCUAAUCUAGUGUAGAAUAAUGUGAUAUUUGUAUAUUAUCGAACAGAAUAAUAUUACAAUAUGCAAUUUAAAAUAAAUACAUAAUAGGAUUUUCCACUUAGGGAAACUAAGUAGUUAUUAAAAAAUAUUGUUAUUUUAUUUUAUAAGUCCUACAAUUUCACUCCAAUAAAAUGCACUGUAUUCCCUUUUUUUUUUUUUUUAAGAAGCUAACUCGUACAUAUUAUAUGUUUUGUAUAUAUUACAUAUAUAUAUAUAUAUAUUAUAUUAUAUGGUUUCAAUUAAAUAUGAAAAACCACAGUAAUUUUAUGACUAACUCAAAAGUUAAGUUUUCCCAGUUUUUCCUCCGUUUCUUUUCGGUUUUUCUAAUUUGAUAAUAAAACUCCUGAGAAAAUCUAAAAAUGACUUCUUCAAAGUACCACCCUGCUACCCUUUCAGAAUAGGUGCUAAAAUUAGAAAUCUGAGCAAGAAAAGUUACGCAGAUAAAAAAAACAUCUUUGUAAAACCAUAAGCUUCUUCGCUCCACUCAGAAUCUAAAAAAUAUUUAUUAAAUAUUUUAUAAUAUGUAUUUUAUUGUUAUAUUUUUGAAUAUCUAUUAUAACGUUAAAAACAUUUUUUGUUUUUCCAAACUUAUAAUUCGUGAUUUAAAAAUAUAAUGUACAUAUAUUUAUCAUUAAGUAUAUUUUUGAAGUAAUUUAUUAAAAAAACAUUGAUCUUUUGUAAACGUUAAAUGUUUUUUCAGAUCAACGCAUUUACAUAUCAAAUCGUGAACAGAGAAGUCAAAGUUUCGGCGUACGGUUUUUUUUCUGUAAAUUUAUCGUUCUUUCACGCGGUAAAUAUAAUAAGAAUUAUUCUCGUAUAAUUAAUCUAAAUUAUACAUAAUAUUAAUAUCAAUACGUUUGAAUUAUUGAUGAUGAUUUUUUAAAUUUUACAGCUCAUACGUUUAGCAACGACUUAUCUAAUCGUUAUUAUUCAAUACAACUCGGCAGCGGAUUCUUCCUAGACUGCACUGAUGGAAUCACUUAAAAAAAUAUUCUUCUUCUACUUCGCCUUCAUUAUUACAUACAUACGUCGAGUCUGCUCUCCAUAUUUCCCUAUUUCCUGCUAUUCAACUAUCAUUUCUUCAUCUACGUACUAUUAUCCACUCAAAAUAGUACGUUUUGUAUAAUUACAUCAGUAAUAUAAGAAAUUGAAAUGGGUAGAGCGCAUCUGGAAAACUAAAAACGUAUUACUUUGUACAGUGCUGAAAAGGAAUCUGACAUGGAAAAGAUCCUUUGGAAGACUAAGAAAGAUUUGGAUGAACUAAGAGGACGAUCAGAUUAA